UGACCUCACAACAUCACAUUUCAUCAGACUUGAAGCUCCUGCUGGAAGUCAGAAGACUCUCACACAACUCUGCUGAUCUACACAACUUCACCAGACACAGUUUAUAUGUUGGUUACACAGUGCUCCUUAGCCUGUGUAACCCUUGCUGCUGGUCCAGAUUACCCCUAGGUCUGGUGCCAGUAACAAUUGGGGGCUCGUCCGAGAUGAUCUAGUGUCGCUGCCUGGUGAAGUUGGUGCUGAGACGACGUGAACCUGUGUCCAACGCUUCAGGGAAGACUGCAAUCCAGUGCGUCAUCCAGAGAGCGGAGGCCACCUGUGUAACAUCAUCAUGGCCACUGUCACCCCACAGCGAACGCUGGUCUUCGAGAUCCAAAAGAGACUUUCUGGUUUGAGUGGAAGUCAGCUAUUGGCAGUUGCAAGUGCAAUUAGUGACGGCAGCGAGACCAGCAACAUUGAUGAGCUGAGUGAACCAGAACUGUAUGACCUGAUCAUUGAUCACAUCAGAAGUAAGAAAUUGAGAGUCCUGGAGGAUGAAGGCAUGGUUCAACUCCUCCUCCUCGACGACAUGCUGAGUGACCUUCUGGCCAAAGACACCAGAGAGGUUGGAGCUAGCCAGGCUGCGUUCCUUGAGAGGGGAGAUUGUAAAACCCAUCAGCAGGGAGGCUCUACUCCAUCUCAUCUUGACACCGACCAUCCAGAUAAACAUCCAACUACGCCAACCACAGACAUUCCAACACAGCCAUUGAAUAUGAACAGAGACAUUCACAUCCUGCCAGCACCGAUGGGAAGAGAUCCUGGUAUGCCAGCCAGUAACCUCACCACUUCUGCAUCGGCCAAGUCACCCACAACAGGUGUGGGGAGUGCUCCCCGUGGUAGGGUUGGAGAAAUGAACGUUGCUGCUCUGGGACGACCUUUCACCCUAGGGAUGCUCUAUGAUGCUCGGCGUGAUAAACUGGUCCAAGGUCUCAAAUUAUGGAAUGCUGAAACUCUAAAAGUAAAAACAUCUGAAACCCCUCAGCAGAGCAGUACUUUUGAGAUUUCUGCAUCUGACUCCAUUGAAUCCAACUCCACCUUGAUGGACAUUGAAGCUUCUCUGAAGGCCAGUUUCCUGAGUGGAAUGAUAGAAGUUGGAGGAUCGGCCAAAUAUCUGAAUGAUCAGAAGAAAUUCAAGAAUCAGAGCAGAGUGACCUUUCAGUACAAAGCUACCACCAAGUUCAAGCAGUUGUCAAUUGAUCAUGUGACCCUGGACACCGAAAAGAUGGAGGUUAUUGAGAAGGGCUUGGCGACACAUGUAGUCACAGGCAUCCUGUAUGGGGCAAAUGCUUUCUUUGUGUUUGACAGUGAGAAGUUAGAAGCCAGCCAGGUUCAGGACAUCCAGGGCAGCAUGCAAGCUGUGAUAAAGAAGAUUCCUUCAUUUGAUGUUGAGGCGAAAGUUGGCAUCAAGCUGACUGAUGAAGAGAAAGCUCUGACUAACAAAUUCUCCUGCAAAUUCUACGGAGACUUCAUUCUCAAAAGCAACCCAGCAACAUUUCAAGAGGCAGUGAAGACCUACUCACAACUUCCACAGCUACUGGGAGCAAAGGGAAAGAAUUCGGUUCCAUUGAAGGUCUGGCUGAUGCCACUGAAGAAUUUUGAUCCCAAGGCUGCUGAGCUGAUGACAGAGAUCAGCAUCGGACUAGUGGGGAAAGCCCAAGUUGCUCUGGAGGACUUAAAGGAAAUACAAAUGAGAUGCAACGAUUCUCUGGAAGACAAAGUGGUAGAGAGUUUCCCUGUGCCUCACGAAGAGUUGAGCACUUUCCAAAGGCUGUGUGGUCAUUAUAAAACUAGCCUUCAACAGACCAUGGCAGAAAAACUUACCUUGAUCCGCGCAGGAAAGGAAGAUGAGAGCUCCCUAGUUCAAGUCUUUGAAGACAUGCAUCAGUCACCCUUCAGCCAUGAAAAACUAAACAAGUGGCUGGAAAACAAAGAGAGAGAAAUCAACAUCAUCAGGUCCUGUGUCGACACCAUGGAGGGAGUAAAGAUCGUCCUGAACCAGACCGAGCUGGACAGAGAGGUCCUUGAUUCAGAUGUAGAUGGUGUUCUGUGCUUUGUUUUCACCUCCAUGCUAAAGGGUGAUAUCUACCUUGAUGAGAUGGCUGGUGACUUUAAAUCACCCAAACUAGGAAGUACCCAUGAAGACCAGUGGUACUACUCCGAUGAUGUUCUGAACACAAUGAGAGAAAAAGCCAAAACGUUCCAGGGUUCGGCCAAAGCGCUGAAGAACAACAGCAAAUUCCGCUUCCUCAUAAUGGCCACAAACAAUGACAACUACAAAGGAGCAACCAUCUACCACUACAAGAAUCACAGUCUGCACACUCAAGAUUUUAGCCUGAUCACUCUCUUUAAUGUGGAGACCGUCACAGACAAGAGAGAUCUGAUCUGGUAUGCCUGUGAUCUCACCCUGGACCCAGACACGGCAAACAACAGACUCACCUUGUCUCAAGAAAACAAGAAGGCAACAUAUGGAAAAGAUCAGAAAUAUCCUUCUCACCCAGAGAGGUUUGAGUGCCCACAGGUGUUGUGCAAAGAGGAGUUAUCUGGGCACCAUUACUGGGAGGUAGAGUGGAGUAAUGGUACCAAUGAGUCUGUUCAUGUCGCUGUUGCAUACAAGGGACUUGGAAGAAAGGGCAAUAAGCAAAGCGACUUUGGAGAUAAUUUAGAAUCAUGGUCUGUUGGCAAAUGUUUUUCGUAAAAAAAAACACUUGUCAAGGCCUAUCACAAAGGGAAGGGGUUGAAAGUACCUCAUCCCUCUGGUUGCUUCAGUAGAAUCGGGGUGUAUCUGGACUGGCCUGCUGGCACUUUGUCCUUCUACAAAGUCUCUGCCAACACACUGAGUCACCUGUACACCUUUCGCACCACAUUCACUGAGCCUCUUGUCCCAGGCCUAUUGGCUCGUGGAGAUUCCAACUAUGCCUACCUGUGUCCAUUUGAAUAAGAGCAAUGACAGAGAACUCUUAGAUUCUUGGUCGGUUUAAAGUUUUAAAUGGCAACCUCACAUCACAUUUUAACUUUCACAUGCUACAGAAUCAAAAAUGCAUUCAAACCCAGAGGGACGUGGAACAUUAUGAUAUAAAAAAGGGACUAUUGUCUAUCUUUGAUUUUAUUACCUUCUCAAACUGUUUUAUACCAGCGCUUUAUGAACAGUUUCACCUUUUUGUAAUAGACACUCACUAUCGUAAUACCUUAUACGCAAGCAUUAUAUAUCCAGCAAUUGCUUUUUCAAGACUACUGUUGAAAUAUAAGCUACUUGUUUUGUUAUAUUUAAUUUUGAUUAUGUUAGAAAAUAUGGAUCUAGAAACGACAAUUGCUCCUUCUUUGUAUAUUUUUGAAAUCAGAAUUUUAAAGUGAGUUAUAUUUAGAGAAUACAAGAGGAGUCUUUUCUCUCAUGAAAGCGGUGUGGGUUUUUCUGUUCAGGACAAGAUCAGACAUGCUUUAUCAACAUUAGAAUGAUGAACUAUGAAAUCAUAGUUUAAGUGAAAGACAAAGAAUAUCUGUUUUGUUAAAUGUAUCAUUUUGAUUAUGUUGGGAAUAUCCUAUCGCUUAAUUCAGCAUUUGUUUAUUUCCUUCUUUGUGCAGAACUCAUAGCUCAUGAAUAAAAAGCUGCAGAACUUGUUUUGUUUGAGAGAAUCACUGUUAACACCAUUUAGUUGGAAAUAUUGCUGAUGGUUAUAAAGAUGAAGCAAUAUCAGAUUCCUGUAACACUUCAACAUCUGGAUAUGUUCACUCUGUGCUUGAGCAAAAAUAUUAAAUAAAGAGACCUGACUUUA